AUGUCGUCUCCCGAGUAUUCCCCAUCCUACGACUCGGCCGAGUCUGACGAGGCCCACGGCCCGUGGAAAUGGAACCACUUCGAAGUCCGCACCCUGGUGUGCCUCAUCAUCAAGGGCGAGCACAAAGUUUCCAAGGACCCAAUGCACCUCACCGACAAGCUCAACCAGGCCCUCAACCCAGGCUCCGCUGGCCGCAAUGCCGACUACAGCCGCGACGUGCCCCUCGGCGAGGUCCAGGCCAUGCUGAAGCGCAUCCUCUCCAAGAAGUCGCACGCCGUGGACCUAUGCUCGCGCGACUAUAGCGGAACCCCGGUCACUCGCGCCAAGGUGAACGCCUUCAUGCGCAACCUGGACUUUGACGGCAGCAAGAUGGAGUGGGUGAACGGCAGGAAGAUGAAAAUGCACUUCGAGACCAAGAAGAGACUGGAGCGCUACAUGGUCAGGAAGGACGGAGGUCGGCUCAGUCCCCGGCCACGCGAGGAGAGAGACAGGCGCAGGAUGCUCCUGCGUGAGCCUAGGGCGCGACGACUUCUGAACGGCUGGGGCAUCGGCGCCAGUUUCUGGGAGGAUGAGCCCAAAACGGAGCUUCGCCUUAUGAACAGAGACCCUUUCCGUGCUACACACUCCUCCAGCGGCCCCCGACUCAUGCCUAUUGGACGUCCUCCCAUGGGCAUCAUUGACUCAAUCAACACGCCCAACGCGCGCGACCCGGUGGCCAUGUGGGCUGGAGGUUUUGCAUCCACGGCUGCGACACCACAGCACGGGGCCGUUCCGCCUCUGUCCACCCUAGACAUGCCUGGCCUAAAUUCUACCCAGCAGCUGCCAAUGCUCGAAUACGGAGGCAAUGGAGGUCACGAAGGCUACGGAGGCUUUGGAAAUCCGACAAAGCUGUAG